AUGGGGAAUUCUCAGUCAGACUGGGAAGUCAGCCAGUGCUUCCCCUUGGAAGUGUCUGUCUCCACUUAUUCAUUAUGUGCCGGGAGGACCUGGGCUCUCUCGGCCCUGCUGGUGGCUGGAGGAAUGGCCACCGUGGACAAAAAGGAACUGUUGGACUAUUUCUGCAUGCAGUACAGGCAGAGCCUCCUGCCCAUGCUCAGGACACGGGGACUGUCAUCAGAGGAUGCCGUGUCCCUGUUUGUUUACCUCCAGAAGAAGAGGAGAGAAGCUAGACUGAUGCAAAAUGCUCUGGAGGAGAAGAAAGAGGCCUUCAAGGAGAGGAUGAAAGCCGUAGCCUGCCGGUGGAGGGGCCUCCACAUCAAGGAGGCUCAGCUGAAAAACUACAAGAAUAAAUUUAGGAAGUUUCUCAAGGAAAAUGAUAAGAAGCGAAUCCAGGCCCUGCAGAAAGCCAUCGGGGAGAGAGAGACGAAGAUUCAAAAGGAGAGUGAGCUUUUGGAAGCCAAGAGGCAACUGGAAAUCCUGAAAAAUAAGCACCAGAAACUCUGCAACAAAGUGCAAAAGUACUCCAUCUUCACCAAAUACCUGGAGGAUGUGGUGAAGGUCUCACAGUUUGAGGAGAUCCAGGAAGUCAUUUGGCGCUACAGGACACUGGUGAUGAAGCACAAGGACCUGCUGCAGUCACAACAGAGGUGUAAGGAAAUGUCUAAACAAGCCAAGGUGUUCCUGGACCACUAUACAGCAGAGAAGGAAGCUGAGAUCCUGCAGUACGAAAACGAACUGGUGCAGCUCCAGCUAUAUCUUGACCAGGUUCAAAAGGACGUCCUCUCCUGGGAGGCUUUCUGGGCUGACCUCCAGAGCAUUAUUGUCAAGGAAGCCCUGAGGCUGAGACACAUCAAGGUGGGCAUCCACAGCCUCUUCCAGCUUGCCAACAUGCAGCUGAAUCUGAACCUGAACGUGCCAGCAGAUGACAGCCACAGACAGCUGACCAUGGUAGAGCCAAGCCAGACUCUUCUCCCCAGCCAGAAGUGGAGCAGUAAUGACUCUUAG